AUGAGGCGCGGUUUGGCGUCUGACGUCACCGGCGUAAACAAACAGAGACGUUUAAAUCCUCGGCUGUCAAAGCGACGCUUCCGUCGGUGGAUAUCAGUAUAUGUUAUAGAAAGAGGAAAUGAGUUCAUUGUUCUCAGGAGCUACCAUGGUGUUUUGAUGUUCCAGGACGCUGAGAGAUGCAUAAAGUCUGUAAAAGGAGCAAUAGCGCCAUCUUCAUCCAAGAAGGAGGCUCCCAUGAUCUUUGGCCAGAAUCCACUUCAGCAAAACUUUGCCGAGACCCUUCCUACAGAGAUGAGUGUGAGGAUCUUCAGUGAGCUGGACCUCAGGAGUUUGUGCCGGGCCUCUCUCACCUGUAAACAAUGGAAUGGUAUCAUCGAGAACAGUGAUCUCCUGUGGCGGAGCCACUGUCUUACCGUGUUAGCCAUUUGCCGGAGGGAGGUGGACGGGGACAGGCUCGAUGGAUAUUCAUGGAAGGUUACUCUUGUUCGUAACUACAGGAAAGGAUGUGUAAAGAGAAGAUGGCUGAAGGGCCGAUACAGCAACAUCCGCUCUGCUGAUGAGAUCCCAUCCAACAGUAUGUGUCCACUGGAUGUGGAGACCUGGGGAGAGAUACUGGAGGCUGAGCUGGAGAGAUAGAACUGAGAGAUUUUUGGGAUCGUGCUAAUAGAAAUGUCUACAAUGGAGUAUUAUGACUCAAACACUUAAUGGACUCUGAUCAAAUCAUUUUAUGGGAUGUUUAAUGAUCAAUGAUCAAUGGGCAUCUGUGUGGCUAUGAGAAUAUAUGAUAAUGUGGCUUUUGUUUUGUGUGUUAAGGAAAAUUUUGGUUGUAUUACUGAAAUUUGCUUGAGACUGUUUGGGAAAUUAGUUUGGAUAGGAUGAUGGAAUCAUUUUAUAAGUGGAAAAGAUAAGUUUGUUUAUCUUUUCUUCUCUCUUUUUAUAGAUAUACAAAAUUGUGUUAUAUUAUGCUUUUUUUUAUUUAUUUUUUUUAAUAAAAAAACAAAACAAAAAAAACAAGGAGGGGCACCCCUAAAAGUGUUUUGCCUUAAAGGAAUAUUCCGGGUUCAGUAUAAGUUAAGCUCAAUCGACACCAUUUGUGACAUAAUAUUGAUUACCACAAAAAUGUAUUUUGACUCGUCCUUCGUUUUCAAUUAAAAAAAAAAGCAAAAAUCAAGGUUACAGUGAGGCACUCACAAUGGAAGUGAAUGGGGGCCAAGUUUUGGAGGGUUUAAAACCAGAAAUGUGAAGCUUAUAAUUUUAUAAAAGCACUUACAUUAAUUCUUCUGUUAAAACUUGUGUAUUAUUUGAGUCGUAAAGUUGUAAAAAUUGUCAUUUUUACAGUUGUUUUAGGGGUUUAGGGUUUGUUGAUAUUACAUCGCCGUGGCAACGAAGUUGUAAAACUGGCUAUAACUUUACACAGAAAACGUUAGUAAGUGAUUAUAUCACACUAAAAUCAUGUUAACACGAAUAUUGUUUAUGUCUUGUGGCUAUAAUUUUGAAACAGUGAGUAUUUUAAUGUUCAAAAAUUGGCCCCCAUUCACUUCCAUUGUAAGUGCCUCACUGUCACCCAGAUUUUUGCUUUUUUUAAAGAAAAGGAGGGGCAAGUCAAAAAUAUUUAUUGUGGUGAUCAAUAUUAUGCCACAUAUGCUGUCGAUUGAGCUCAACUUGUAUUGAACCGGAAAUAUUCCUUUAAUAACAGCCCUAAGCUUUGUAAAAAGGCAAACAUGUGUCAGGGGAGUGGCCCGCCUUGUUUUAUCCAAUUAGAACCCCCCUCUGCCUGUCAAUCAUUGUGCAUGUUGGGGUUUGCUGACAUCGGGUUGGCUGACAUGUCUUCAGAGGGCGGGGUUUUGGAAAGAUUGAACGCCUAGUGGAAGUUAGUACGACUGAAUCACUUACAGCACCUUUAACCAAUAUUCUAUUAAACCUAAUAUAUAAUU